AUGACAGUCGGUUUUACAGGCGAUGUUUAUAAUUAUGGUGUCAUGGUAAUUGAUGAUUCAGGUACUGUUAUGUCAGUAAUGGAUUUCUACAUAGACGGCAGUAAUUUUAUCAACACAGGAGAUCUUUACGUAAAAGGUAUUAAAACCAUAUUUGGCUCAUCUGGUUAUGCAAUUACCUCGAGUAAUUUUGAUAAUUCGGGUAUUCUAAAUUUUGACCAAAGCAGUGGGCAGGCAACUGUCACUUUAGGUUCAGGUACAAUGACUAACACAGGUACUAUUUGCUUACAAAAUGCAAAUUACAAACAAUCGGCCACAAUUGUGGGUUCUGGUUGUAUCGCUGUGAACUCAAAUGGUCAACUAACCAUAAGUGAUCUCUCGAAAUAUACCCUGGAGGAUCAAACAAUAUAUUUGAGCACAUCUUCCUCCGAACUUUCAAUCUCAGGGUACAACACUUCUACAUCCUUAAAAGUGAGGGGUUUGGGUAAUAGUAAUUCUAUCGUCCUUCCUGACUCUAUAGCUAAUUAUUCCUACGAUUCUGAAACUGGUAUACUUACUGUUAUUACAAGCCAGGGUAGUUAUAUUUUAGAUAUUGGGACCGGUUAUGACACCUCUUCUAUGAGUUUCUCGUCUUCGACUAUUAAAUAUUACACUGCAGCACCUCCAGAUGCAACUCAGCCUUCUGAGUGCUCCUCGUGCGGUACAAUACCCUCAUGUUCUUCCAUCACGAAUUUGACUUCAAUCGCUAACGACUUUACUGCUACAACCGGUUCUACCGUCGCUGAUUUAACUGACUACACUACUACCAUCACUUCUGGUUCUUCCACUGUGACCGCUGUUGUUUCUGAAUACACCACUACCGACUCUGAUGGUGAUAUUGUCACAGACGAAACCACUUCUGUUAUCCCUGGUUUAACUGACUACACUACUACCAUCACCUCUGGUUCUUCCACUGUGACUGCUGUUGUUUCUGAAUACACCACUACAGACUCUGCUGGUAAUGUUGUCACCGAUGAGACUACAUCCGUCAUCACAGAUCUACCAGAACACAUGACUACUUUCACCUCUGACGGUUCAGUAGUUACUGCUAUUGUGUCAGAUUAUUUGACUACCGACUCCGAUGGCCAAGUCUACACAGCUGAAACUACAUCUAUUAUUACCGAUCUACCAGAACACCUAACUACUUUCACGUCUGAUGGCAGUGUCGUUACUGGCAUUGUAUCUGACUAUGUUACCACUGACUCCAAUGGCCAUGUCACCACAGCUGAAACUACCAUUGUUGUUUCAGAUUUACCACCAUCCCACUUAACAACUUUCACCUCUGAUGGUUCAGUAGUUACUGCUAUUGUGUCAGAUUAUUUGACUACCGAUUCCGAUGGCCAAGUCUACACAGCUGAAACUACAUCUAUUAUUACCGAUCUACCAGAAUACAUGACUACUUUCAUCACCGAUGGUUCAGUUGUUACUGCUCUUGUUUCAGAUUAUUUGACUACCGACUCUGCAGGUAAUGUUGUAACCAGAGAGUCUACUUCUAUUUUCCCAGAUUUGUCAGAGCACUUAACAACUUUCACAUCUGACGGUUCAGUAGUUACUGCUAUUGUGUCUGACUAUCUAACCACUGACGCUGCUGGACACGUCUACACGGCUGAAAGUACAUCUUUACUUGAUGACGUAUCUGCAUAUACUACUGCUUACGCUUCUGCUGGUUCCGUGUUCACUGCUGUCGUUUCUGAUUAUUUGACUGCAGACACUGCUGGUCACAUCUACACUGCACAAAGUUCAUCCGUAAUGGGAGCAGAAGCUAAUGUGCUUACAAGUAGUAUCAAAAACACAGCUGCUAGCCAUAUUACGGACACUCCCUCGGCGUCAAAGGUUACAUCAUAA